AUGCUCUCAAGCGGACGCCAGCCUCAUCCCGCCAACCCGUUGAAAAGACCCCGUCAAGAUCCGGUAUCCUGCCAGUUUUGUCGCUCCAAGAAGCUCAAGUGCAAUCGCCAGCAACCUUGUUCAAACUGUGCCACGAGGGGUCUCGCCUGCGAGGGUCAAUUUCAGCCAUAUAGCCGGCAGACUCCGGCCUCGUCUCAUACCGACAAUGUGUCCAUUUUGGCUCGGUUAAAAAGGCUGGAGGAUAUCGUAAUAGGGUCAUCAAACUCGACGCCACAUGUGGCUCAACCGAAAAUCCACUCUCCUCGGGCCUCUCUUUCGCCUGACCCUGAAUACGAGGAGGCUGUUCACAACCUUGAAGGAACUGGUACCAGUGAGGACUCUUGGAUCUCUCUGAGCUCUAAAGGUUUUGAAUUUGGAAUUUCAUCAACGCACCAAAUCUCCAUUAACUAUGGCAUCUUUCAGAACGUCCCAGACCAGCUUUCUCAUUGCCGCCCUGCCACAAAAUGGUAUAGCCUUCCGCGGAAAGAAGAAGCCGUGCUUCUGAUGGACCACUACGUCAAGUAUCUUGAUGGCCUACAACACGUUGUUUACAUCCCUACGGUUCGCCGGAUAAUGGAUUCAAUAUACGCAAAUCUGGAGAAAGGGCUGCCUGUGAUCCAUAGCCAUGUCGCACUCCUGUUGAGCAUUUUCGCAAGUUCAUCCAUGUUCAGCUCUCACUUUGAUGGAGGCACCCGAUUUCAGUUUUCACCUUCCGAUGCUUCUCAAGCAUCUUUGUUCUGGGCCAAUGCCGCUCUUGAAGUCCUCGAGUUCUCCCGUCGUACUGCGUCCAGGAGGUUAGAGGAUGUCCAAACCACCAUCAUUUUGGCUUUCCUUCUUUACCACAUUGAAGGGUUCUCUACAAGAUCUCGAUGCCUGUUUGCAAACGCUAUCACGACAGCUCGUGACCUCUCAUUGCACAAAUUGGAUGCUCGGCCUGGCCAAAUCCCAGGUUCUCGCUGUCAACCCGAUCACUUGGAGACUGAAAUCAGCCGAAGAGUUUGGUGGCACGUGGUCGCUACUGAUUGGUACACAUUCUUCUCAUUUUAUGGGUCUUUACUAAUUUCUGGGGGGUUUUCUAGGCUUUUAUCUCUCAGUGGUGGUCCUCAAGAAGGCACGUAUUUCUUGCAACCCCGACAUAUGUGCGUGAACAUACCUUGUAAUGUCAAUGAUAGCGACCUGACGCACGACAAACCUCCCGUAAAUCUACCUCUGUCGGAACCGACUACGAUGUCAUACUAUAUCCAAAGAAUCAAGCUGGCUGAUAUAUGUCGUAAUGUUGUCGAUGUCAUGCCAUUAAAUGGCCGGGAUCUCGCCCUUGUCGACUAUCAAGAUGUCAUUGCACUAGAUGACAAAUUCGAAGCUUUCUUCCAGGAGCUGCCCGUGUUUUUCCAAACCGAUGAAAAGAGCCGUCUUGCGGCUGAGCCAAUUAUGUGCCAAUAUCCUGCUCUUCAGGUUCAGCGAUAUGCGCUGAGGAUGAUUGCCGACACCAGGCGGUGCAAAUUGCAUCAACCUUUUCUCAUUCGGGGUUCGGUUGACCCCAACUACGCCUAUUCGAGAGAAAUUUCUCUCAAGUCAGCUCGUUCCUGCAUCCGUGUGUGGAGACUCCAUGAAAAAGAAUACCAAUCCAUCCUGGUUGCCAGCGUCAAACUCACUGGAGUGGUGCAUCAUGUUUUUAUGGCGACGAUUGUCUUGGUGAUGGACUUAUGUUUCAACAAGACAGCCGGGGAUGAUGCAGAGCGAAAAGCAGAAGUCAGAGAAGCUUGUAAGAUAUUGGAAGACGUGAAAUGCCAGUCUCGAAUGGCCCACGAAUUCUUGGAAUCUCUCAUGGAUAUUCUGCGAACGCAUAAGGUUCGAUUGCAUAAUAAUCCUCCACCUGGUGACUCUACCGAGGAGGGAAUCCUUCCGGAUUCGACUGGAAUGCCUCAACGUGGUAAUGGCUUGAGCACAACACCAGCCGGACAGGAAAGACAGUCAUACGAUGAUUCAUGGCCACCGCCAGACAAUCCGCAGAAUUAUUUGUCGGACUUUGAUGAGAUCUGGAAGGACUAUGUGGAGUUUGGUCCGAAUAUGGACAUGCCUGAGUGGGACAAUCUCUUCUCUGAUCUCGAUUCGAGAUAUUGA